AUGGCCACGACAGCGUCAGCGCGCGCGCACCGGCAGCACGGCGGAAAGCAGCAGUACCAGCUCCUGCGGCGCUUGGAGGGGCUGAGCCUGGGGUCCGCGCUCCACAGCGACCCGCACGCCCCCGCGCUGACCGCGGCAGCGCUCCUCAUCCCGCUCGGCGCCGUGCUGUUGGGCCUCUCCGGCCUCUUCCUGCUGGCCACGCUCGCCGGCGUUGCGCUCGCGGCGCCUCUCGUUCUUCUCUUCGGUCCGGUGCUCGUGCCCGCCGCGCUGACCGUCGCGGGGCUCGGCGCCCCGGCCUUCUUCGGACACAGAGUUGGGGACGACGUCGGGGAUGCUCUGGGCACCACCAAAACGCGGAACGUCGCCAUCACCUAG